AUGGAGAGGAGCACCUGUAGGGCUGGAUUGAGGGACGCGUCUUCUCUCAUAUUUCGGGAAAGGAUUGUCUUCCAAAGGAGUGGAUGCAUUCGUCACAGUCCCUGCUGCAAAAUGAAUACCAGCAAGUUUCCAUGGGCCAUGGGCUGGCAAAUGCGCAAGACCUGCUACCGUAUCGUGGAGCACAGCUGGUUUGAGAGCUUCAUCAUCUUCAUGAUCCUGCUCAGCAGUGGGUCUCUGGCCUUUGAAGACUAUUACUUGGACCAGAAGCCCACAGUGAAAGCUUUGCUGGAGUAUACCGACAGGGUGUUCACCUUUAUCUUUGUGUUCGAGAUGCUGCUCAAGUGGGUAGCCUAUGGCUUCAAAAAGUACUUCACCAACGCCUGGUGCUGGCUGGACUUCCUCAUUGUGAAUAUCUCACUGACAAGCCUCACAGCGAAGAUGCUGGAAUAUUCUGAUAUGGCUUCCAUCAAAGCCCUCCGGACUCUCCGUGCCCUGCGGCCACUGAGGGCUCUGUCUCGAUUUGAAGGCAUGCGGGUGGUGGUAGAUGCCCUGGUGGGUGCCAUCCCAUCCAUCAUGAAUGUCCUCCUUGUCUGCCUCAUCUUCUGGCUCAUCUUCAGCAUCAUGGGCGUGAACCUCUUCGCAGGGAAAUUUGGGAAGUGCAUCAACUACACCAAUGGAGAAUUUUCUCUUGUGCCUUUGCUAACUGUGAAUAACAAGUCUGACUGUGAGAUUCAAAACUACACUGGCACCUUCUUCUGGGUCAAUGUAAAAGUCAACUUUGAUAACGUUGCAAUGGGUUACCUCGCACUUCUUCAAGUGGCAACCUUUAAAGGCUGGAUGGACAUCAUGUAUGCAGCUGUCGAUUCCCGAGAGGUCAACAUGCAGCCCAAGUGGGAGGACAACGUGUACAUGUACUUGUACUUUGUCAUCUUCAUCAUUUUCGGCGGCUUCUUCACGCUGAAUCUCUUUGUUGGGGUCAUCAUUGACAACUUCAAUCAACAGAAAAAAAAGUUAGGGGGCCAGGACAUCUUCAUGACAGAGGAGCAGAAGAAGUACUACAAUGCCAUGAAGAAGCUGGGCUCCAAGAAGCCCCAGAAGCCCAUCCCACGGCCCCUGAACAAGUACCAGGGCUUCAUCUUUGACUUCGUGACCAGACAAGCUUUCGACAUCAUCAUCAUGGCUCUCAUCUGCCUCAACAUGAUCACCAUGAUGGUGGAGACCGAUGAGCAGAGUGAAGAAAAGACGAAAAUCCUCGGCAAAAUCAACCAAUUCUUUGUGGCUGUCUUCACGGGCGAGUGUGUCAUGAAGAUGUUCGCCUUGAGGCAUUACUACUUCACCAAUGGCUGGAAUGUUUUUGACUUCAUCGUGGUGGUCCUCUCCAUUGGGAGCCUGGUGUUUUCUGCAAUUCUUAAGUCGCUUGAAAGUUAUCUCUCCCCGACGCUCUUCCGAGUCAUCCGCCUGGCCCGAAUCGGCCGCAUCCUCAGACUGAUCCGAGCGGCCAAGGGGAUCCGCACACUGCUCUUUGCCCUCAUGAUGUCCCUGCCCGCCCUCUUCAAUAUCGGGCUGUUGCUCUUCCUCGUCAUGUUCAUCUACUCCAUCUUCGGCAUGUCCAGCUUUCCCAAUGUGAGGCGAGAGGCUGGCAUUGAUGACAUGUUCAACUUCCAGACCUUCGCCAACAGCAUGCUGUGCCUCUUCCAGAUCACCACUUCAGCUGGCUGGGAUGGCCUCCUCAGCCCCAUCCUCAACACAGGCCCCCCCUACUGCGACCCCAAUCUGCCCAGCAGCAGUGGCUCCCGGGGGAACUGCGGGAGCCCAGCUGUGGGCAUCAUCUUUUUCACCACCUAUAUCAUCAUCUCCUUCCUCAUCGUGGUCAACAUGUACAUUGCAGUGAUUCUGGAGAAUUUCAAUGUGGCCACAGAGGAGAGCACCGAGCCCUUGAAUGAGGAUGACUUUGACAUGUUCUACGAGAAUUGGGAGAAGUUCGACCCAGAAGCAACUCAGUUUAUUACCUUCUCUGCCCUCUCAGACUUUGCAGACACUCUCUCUGGUCCCUUGCGAAUCCCAAAACCCAAUCGGAAUAUAUUGAUGCAGAUGGACCUGCCUUUGGUGCCUGGAGAUAAGAUCCACUGCUUGGACAUCCUUUUUGCCUUUACUAAGAAAGUGCUGGGAGAAUCUGGGGAGUUGGAUUCUCUGAAGGCAAAUAUGGAGGAGAAGUUUAUGGCAACAAAUCUUUCAAAAUCAUCCUAUGAACCAAUAGCCACCACCCUCCGGUGGAAGCAAGAAGACAUCUCAGCUACUGUCAUUCAAAAGGCCUAUCGGAGCUAUGUGCUGCACCGCUCUCUGACACUCUCCAACCACCGAGGUGUGCCCAGGAUUGAGGAGGAGGCUGCAUCACUCCCAGAUGAAGAAUUUGUUGCAAUCAUGGAAAAUGAAAAUUAUGUACUCCCAGAUAAAUCUGAAACUGUUUCUGCCAUCUCUUUCCCACCAUCCUAUGAGAGUGUCACUAGAGGCCUCAGUGACAGAGGGAACAUGAGUACAUCUAGCUCAAUGCAAAAUGAAGAUGAAGCCACUAGUAAGGAGGUGACUGCCCCUGGACCCUAG